AUGGCGGAGAGGCUGGACGUAGAUACCUUUGUUAAGGAGCUAUGUGGAGGAUUCCGGCUACUAGAGGACCCCACGAUCGGGCUGAUCACACCGGAUAGUUUGCGAAAAAACUCUGCGCUUUUGGGAAUGCAUGGCAUGAGCAAAGAAGAUGCAGAGGCUAUGGUAAGAGAAGGAGACUUGGAUGGUGAUGGAGCGUUGGAUGAAAAAGAAUUUUGCAUCCUCAUGGUCAAACUUAGUCCAGAGAUGAUGCAAGAUGCCGAGGCAUGGCUCGAAAAGGCACUUGAACAACAGUUUUUGGCACACCCAGCCUCCACCUGA